AAAGCCUCUGUGAGAUGUGCAGCAGCCUCACAGCUGGUUGGCCUUUCCAGUGUGCUGGAUCAAGGUGAGGAGCGAGACAGUUUCCUUUCUUUUUUUUUUCCUCGCUGGGAGCCUCAUUUGUGCGAGUGAGCCAGCGGUAGGAGCAGGUGCACAGUGGAGCGUGCUCAGUGUCUGCAUGUUAGUGCUGCCUCUCAGCUCGGGGAAGAAGCCUUACUUCAGGGCAUCAAUGUAAUGGGGCCCAGUAAUGAAGAGGGCCCACCUGAACCUUCCUGUCCAGCCAUGUACCAGCUGGAUAUUGUUCUAAAAAGGGGAAAAAACCUGGCUAUUCGAGAUCGAACAGGGACCAGUGACCCAUAUGUAAAGUUUAAAAUUGCAGGAAAGGAAGUGUUUCGAAGCAAGACCAUCCAUAAAAAUCUCAACCCAGUUUGGGAUGAGAGAAUAUGCCUUCUGGUGGAAACCCUGAGGGACCCGCUGUAUGUCAAGGUCUUUGACUACGACUUUGGGUUCCAGGAUGAUUUUAUGGGCUCAGCUUAUCUGCAUCUUGAGUCACUGGAACAUCAAAGGACAUUGGACGUGACACUUGACCUAAAGGACCCUCAGUACCCUGAACAUAACUUAGGCAGCCUGGAACUAGCCGUCAAUCUGUCGCCGAAGGAGGGAGACAUAAGAGAUGCAACCAUGCUUUUGAGAAGGAACUGGAAACGAUCUAGUAAGUGUCAGAGCAUGCGUCUCUCAGACGUGCACAGAAAGUCCCAGCUGUGGAGAGGUAUAGUCAGCAUCAGUCUGAUAGAAGGUCGCAGUCUGCAGCCAAUGGAUGCUAAUGGUCUCAGUGACCCUUAUGUCAAAUUCAGGAUGGGCCACCAAAAGUACAAGAGCAAGACAAUUCCCAAAACACUAAAUCCUCAGUGGAGGGAACAGUUUGAUUUCCACCUGUAUGAGGAGCAGGGGGGCUUCGUGGACAUUACAGUUUGGGACAAAGAUGCUGGCAAAAAAGAUGACUACAUUGGAAGGUGCACUGUUGACUUGUCACUUCUUAGUAGAGAACACACUCACAAGCUGGAACUUCCACUGGAGGACGGCAAAGGUGUUCUGGUGCUGCUGGUCACACUGACUGCAUCUGCUGCUGUUUCCAUCUCAGACCUGUCCGUCAACAUGCUGGACGAUCCGCAUGAGAGACACCACAUCAUGCAGAGAUAUAGCCUCUGGAGGUCAUUCCACAAUCUGAAAGAUGUGGGUGUGGUGCAGGUUAAGGUCAUCAGGGCUGAGGGACUUAUGGCAGCAGAUGUCACAGGUAAGAGUGACCCAUUUUGUGUGGUGGAACUGAGUAACGAUCGGCUUCAGACGCACACGGUUUACAAAAACCUCAACCCAGAAUGGAACAAAGUCUUCACUUUCAACGUGAAGGACAUCCACUCGGUCCUUGAGGUCACUGUUUACGAUGAGGACAGAGACCGGAGUGCGGACUUCCUGGGAAAAGUGGCUAUUCCUCUACUAAAUAUCCAAAAUGGAGAACGCAAAGCCUAUGCCUUGAAAAGCAAGGAGCUGACAGGGCCAACAAAAGGGGUCAUCUUUCUCGAAAUAGACGUGAUUUUUAAUGCUGUGAAGGCUGGUCUCAACACGCUGACUCCUCCAGAGCAAAAGUAUAUUGAAGAAGAGCAAAGAGUGUCCAAACAGUUACUUUUGCACAACUUCAACCGGGUCCGACGCUGCAUCAUGUUCCUGAUCAACACAGGCUGCUACAUUAACAGCUGCUUCGAAUGGGACUCUCCGCAGAGGAGCAUCUGUGCUUUUGUGAUGUUUGUCAUCGUUGUCUGGAACUUUGAACUCUACAUGGUCCCUCUGGCUUUGCUGCUGCUGUUGGCUUGGAACUACAUACUUAUUGCGUCGGGGAAGGAUACAAGACAAGAGAUGCAAGUAGUAGAGGACCUGCUGGAGGAUGAGGAUGAGGAGUUUGACAAAGAUGACAAGGACACUAAACCAGGCCCCUGGGAGGAAAGCCGUGAUAAAAACCAUGUCCUCGAGGAUAUGUUGGCUUCCUGGCACUUUGAGUGGAUAAAAGCGAUGGUGGACUCAGAGAAAAAGGGCUUCAUGAACAAGCUUUAUGCCAUUCAGGACGUGUGCAUCAGCGUACAGAAUGCUCUGGAUGAAGUGGCCUCCUAUGGCGAGAGGAUAAAGAACACAUUUAACUGGACUGUGCCUUUCUUAAGCUGGCUAGCAAUUGUGGCUCUGGGAUCGGCCACCGUCAUCAUCUAUUUUAUCCCGCUGAGACUCAUAGUGCUGGCCUGGGGAGUGAAUAAAUUCACCAAGAAGCUUCGAGACCCUUACACUAUUGAUAACAACGAGCUGCUGGACUUUCUGUCCAGAGUACCCUCAGAUGUGCAAGUGGUGCAGUACCGAGAGCUGAAACUGGAUCCCAAUCCCAGUCCAAAUAAAAGAAAGAAAAACAACCCCGGGUAGAUUACUUCAUCCGCCCACUGACUCCACUUCUCUGUCUGCUGCUGGGCGUUGAAGAAUGGAAGACGGCUGCUCUCGAGCAGCUCCACACCUCUGGACUUCCACCCCUUUUUUAAAACAUAUUAUUUACAUUUUUUUUUAUUUCAACAUUCAUUUCUUUGUUUUAUUUUUCUAGUACUGUUUCAUGCAGUGCCCUUUUGAUACUGGACGCUACUCAAAAUAGUUUAAUUUUAACAAGUGUGCUUUUAAUUUGUAAGAGCACGAAAGGGGGGCAAUAUUGGAGGGAAGGAGUUUUAUUGGCCAAGUGAGCUGCUCCCUUCAGUUUUCUCUGACUCCAUCCAUGUGCAUGCUGCGACUGUCACAGAACCAAAACAAGAAGAUCAUUUUCUCUGUUUUAAGAGGAUGAGAGUUCCUCCAUAUUUUAAAAAGUAGAGGCCUUAAAGUAAUACUUUUGCCACAGGAUAUAAUUUUUUCGAUUGUUUUUUUUAAAUGUUGAUGUUAUUUAUUAUUUGUACUGAGGUAUCCUUUGUUUUCAUGCCCCCCUUUUUGCUGUAAUGAUGUUGCAGUCACUUACACUUCAUUGGAUUGUCUCAGCUCAUCCAGCUAAGUUGAUUAGCGAUUAUGUUGUGAUCCUCCAGAUACGUUCCAUCGUCAACCAGCUAAAUCCCUAAUGGGGUCUCUGGGUUGGUGGAGCCAACCCAGCUACUGAUGGACAAAGGUGGGGUACACCCUGAACAGGUUGCCAGUCUGUUGCAGGGCCCUCCAGAUUUAUUCUUUAACACAAAUGUGGACCAAGAGACUGCGGGCUUGCAUCCCUUUCUGCUUUGCUUUCCCUUGCUGCUUUCUCACUGCUCUUGCAGGAGCAGAUCUGUUAGCUGUAGCCUUUUUCAACCAUUUGAAACACAUGUGACCAUCUUCAGUCACUCAAAGAGACACUUCCUCUGUCUGUGAGGAGGCGCAGCUGACUGGGCCUGCUGUCGUGGUGUUAACAUAGAUGUCACCCAGUCUAUGCAGAGUGUCAUCAGGCAGGCAGGCAGGCCUUUAGGCAGCCACAGCCUUAAUCUUGUUUGAAAGGCUGGUCUCUUUCCCUCUCAUCUGCCUGCGUGUUUGCCUUGGCGGCCACACACAACAGCAUUCACACGCGCGCACACUUCUCCAUGUGCAUGCAGGCAAAAAAAAAAAAAAAAAAAGCCCCAUCAGGAGAGUAAACAGCUCCUCUAAGAAAUCUUGCACACUCACUCUGUAACCACUUGUUCACAGACACAACCUUGUGUUUGGGCGAAAAUACUUUCUCUUAGGCACACAAACUGACGCACAAACACAAACAGGCUCUCUGUGAUGCUGCGCCCCAGGCUGGCCGCCCUCUCCAUCUGCCCCACCUCCUGUGCCCACAGCUCAACUUUGAUCAGUCCUUCCAGAGUGAUUGCAUAGAAGCAUUUACCCAAUCAAAGUAACGCUGCGUCUCUCAUCGCUGGUGUGUGUUACAAUUGUAUCUCCCCUCCAGCUGUAGACAGAUGCCUUGAUUCACUUACAGCGUGUGUUGGUGUCGGAGCGCCGCAGCACAAGCGACAGCUGUGGUUUGGUGUCGACUUUGCAGAGAUGAGCAGCAAGUCAUUGUGUGACAAGACGUGGCUCCAAGUAAACUCAGGCCUGAGAUGUCAGGGAUGGAGGAAAGUUGGUGUUUGAGCACGUCUUGGCAUUUCAGAACCUGCUUCCCAUCAUGCUUCCCUCCAUUUGCUCUCUCUGUGGUCCCGUCAUUCGUCAGCGAGCAGGGUUGCGACCCUGUCUAAAGGGACGGUCUCCUGGGCUUCUUGUGGAGCAUCUUUUGAAAGAUCACAGCACAGGCUGCGUUUGAAGAGACCUCCUCUCAUCAUAUUGAUCCCUGCCUCUACUUCUUUUGCCCACCCCCUCACCCCACCCCUCCCAGCACUGCCUGCCUGUCUUUAGCACUCUUAAACCCUGUCCUUCCCGUAAGUGGAGCUUUCUCUCAUAUUAUCUUCUCUCCAUCUUUGUGCCAUCACGUUUUGCCCUUUGUACAGUUUCUGUCUCCAUCCAUUUAUCAGCACGCUUGCAUAUCAACUGGCUCAUAUGUGUCACUCUAGAAUACCUUUGAAUUAUUUAUUUUUCAUUGACUGCACAGAGUCACAAACCUUGCCUCUCAAACUAGCGUCGUCCAAAAAUGCUACUUUGGAAGUACAUUUUUUUUCUACUAAUACCUGAAGGGACUGCAAGUGCAGAUAUGUGUUACGUGUUGUCGCUUUAAAGGAAAUAAUGGUGGUAAUGCAUCCAAAUAGUGUACCCUUUUUUCAAAUCAAUUCAUUUGUUUUUCUCCAAAGUGUUCUCAUGUUGUAUGAUGUGGAGAAAGCACAUAACGAGAACGUAUCAGGCUGAAAGCUGCAAUGAAAGGGAACACUUUUAUUUAUUUUAAAAUGAAACUAUUUUUUAAAAGAUAUUGUACAUAUCCUUUGAUUAGUUUGUUGUUGUAUUUUUUACAGUAUGCCUGUAAUGUUGUAAAGUAGUGUAUGCCUGCCUCUUUUUCUAGCAUCUGUCUUCUCAGCUUGCGAUGUUGCCUGCCUUUAAUAUCAUCCUCAAGUCACUUGCUCCUCCCACCAAUGAAAUUUCCAGACAGGACGCCUUUGGAGAGAUGAGUCAUUGUUGGGUCUGAAAGUUCAUUAUGUUUAUCUAGAAUUUGAAAUGCAUUUUGAUUGAUGUAUGCUGUUUAUUUUUUGGCAGAUAUAGAAAACAAAGUAAAUAUUUUUUAUCAUC